UGCUUUCCCCCGUUUCCUGCUGCGAGAGAAGCUACACCACUCGGUCGCAUUCGAUAGACUUGCGCUUCAGCCCGGCAUUUGCACACUUUAAGCGAGAAAAAACGAAGCAGAAAAAGGAAAAAAACAUGGCUUCUAACCAGUUUGACUCCCAGGCCUCGACCAACUACAAGGAGGCUUUCGCCCUGUUCGACAAGCGCGGCAACGGUCGCUGUGCCAUCGACUCGCUCGGCGACCUGCUGCGAGCAUGCGGCCAGAACCCCACGCUGGCCGAGAUCCAGGAGCUCGAGAAGGGCCUUGGAAGUGAAUUUGACUUUGAGGCCUUCCAGCGCAUCCUGAACCGACCAGGCGGCUUCCGCGACCCUGGCGAGCCCGAAGAAUACUGCCGUGGCUUCCAAGUGUUUGACAAAGACAUGACGGGCUUUAUCGGCGUCGGCCAGCUCAAGUACAUCCUGACCAACCUGGGCGAGAAGAUGACGGAGGAGGAGGUCGACGAGCUGCUCAAGGCUGUGGACACCAGCUCUGGCCAGAUCAACUACACAGAUCUUGUCCGAACUAUUCUCGCCAACUAAGAUUCCCCUUGUAUGAAGAACCUAACCCGGUGGCAUCUUCUUGCAUCUGCGAACGGGAUGGCGUUGCUAUGUGUUUGUUUUGAUUAUGGCAGUGGAAUUGGGCAUGCUUGGGAUUGAUGAAUUUUUCUUUUGUACGGGAUGGCCGUAGGCUUUGUUUGCUACCGUAGCUAUAUGGAUAUGUAUUGGUGCUUGGAGGGCACCGUGAGUCGGCCGAGCAAGCUUCUUGAAUCAUUCCAUGUUAUCUGCGC